AUAGGCGCAUUCUCUGUCUCAACAAGUUUUAUUUUGAACAACCCCAACUUCCAAAAUGUUGUUGGUAAAGGAUGUAAUUUGAUCUCAGCACUUUGUUUGGACAGGCUAGACAUAACUUCUGGAAUAAACGCACCUCCUUCUUUAUGCUUUCUGUGAAAUGAAACUUAGUGCAGCACAGUCCUCAGACUGAACACUGGUGGACCUAUACAAAAGAGAUCCCAUGACAUAAGUUUCAUUACUCCUUCUUAUUACUCUUAAGUUUCUCCUAAAAUGGUGUCAUCUAGAAUUUGCUUUGUCAUCUGGACUCUGCUGUCUCUUCAUGUUACACAGGGCUGGAAUCUAUUUGAUGUCCAGAAAAAGGGACCACCUCGUGAGGGUGGAUUGCGGUUGGUGGGAGGUGACCUGCCCAAUAAAGGUCGUGUGGAGGUGUACCAUGAUGGCCAGUGGGGGACAAUCUGUGAUGAUGAUUGGGACCUGAAUGAGGCCCAGGUAGUGUGCCAGCAGCUUGGUUUCCCUGGAGCUGUCUCAGCCAUAGCAGGAGGAACAUAUGGAGAAGGUUCUGGUCCUAUUUGGCUUGAUGAUAUGAAAUGCAAGGGAUCAGAGAGCUUUUUGUCCAGCUGUCACUUUAAAGGCUGGAGUGUUACUGACUGUACUCACAAAGAGGAUGCAGGGGUGGUCUGUGAAAGUGGAGAAGAUAUGGACAACAACCAUAUGUUCAAAAUGGACCACAGCCUGGGCCUCUCUGAAGAGCUUGGGAGACUUUUUGAUAGUGGGGACAACUGUGAUUUCAAUAUUCUGGUCCGUGACCCCAGUGAAGACCAAGCUGGACAGAACACAAUUUGUGUCCAUGGGCUAAUUUUCUCUCUCUACCCUCAGUUUAAUAUCUCUAAUAGUUCCAACAACCUCACAGUUGAAAUUAGCCAAACCUGCCAUCCCCAUAUCUCCAGCUUCUUAAGGUAUCUGUACACACGCAAGGUUGACGUCACCAUCUCUUCAGCCCAGUGCCUACACCAGCUAGCUUAUAUCUAUCAGUUGCAGCAGCUUUUGGAGGAGAUAGGCAAAGUCUUUACUUCGUUCCUUCCUCAGGACAGUACUUUCCGUACCCAAGUGUCCCUGUAUGAGUACGGUGUCCGUUCAAAGGACAUGCUGCUUCAGGAAAAUGUUCUUCAGUACCUCUCCUGGAAUUUUGAAUUUCUUGUUGACGCUCCAGUAUGGAAAACUGUCUCCAUACACAUGAUGAAGGCACUUCUGUCUCGUUCAGACUUAGUGGUGAAGGAUGAGUUUUUUGUGCUUCAGGCCCUAGAAGACUCAAUCAAAGAGAAAGGAGAGACAGUUAGUUUAGAAGACAAGGUCAACCUACUGAGUCACAUUCGCUUCUCCAUGAUUCCAGUAGAAAAACUUUAUGAUAUUCAGUUCAGCUCAGGCAUGUACCAAAGCAAUGAAGCAUUUUACCAAAGGGCUUUGCUGAAAGGCUUCCUAUUCAAUACACUGCCUUUCUCAAAGAUCAAAGAGCGUUUUAAUAACUUUGAAGACUAUCUGCCCAGGAUCUACACUUCUGAGCCAUGGAGCACUGUCAUCAAUUACACUUCCAACAUUGGCUCUAACAAUUACCGUGGCCAUCAUUAUAAUUAUGGGUAUAAUUCUGGCUAUAAUUCUGUCUCAUUUAUGACUCCUGCCCAUAACAGUGUGAUUUACAAGCACCAAACAAUUAAUUGGUUAGUGCAGGUUCUUCAAAAUAGUUGGGAAUGUUCUAACCAAGGUUUCUCUUGUGACUCUUUGCCUGUAGCGAGACUCUAUAGCCAAAACAGCCUGAAUAAUUAUGAGCACACUAUUCGCUUCAACAACAAGCUGAUUCUCUCAUGUGGGGCUGAAAACAUUGUGUUCCAUGUCCAAGAUUUUAAAAGUGGCAAAGCUAUAGUUCCAACCAACAGCAGUAUGGGUCUGCCCCAUCCCUGCCCUAAUGAGUAUAGCUUUACUUUUGUUGUGCGUCCAGAGUACAUCUGAUUACAUUCUCCUGCACAUGGGUCUCUGCUAGCAUUUUUGUUAAAAUUUUUCUAUCAAAUUAUUAGCAUGUCAAUGUUAGUGAUUUCUUUUAGUAAUUCAGUAAAAAUUUCCUAUCUGUUAAUGUGAAAAAAAUCAACAUGAUCAAAUUAAAGGUUGCUGAACUUCAGCAUGCAAACUCUGUAAGUCUAUUGACUAAUGUUUUCAAUCAUUGUGUUAUUGUAGACCAGUACUUGGCCAAAGACCUGUCCUUUGCAUUUAAAAUAAUAUAAAGUAUGAUGUACAAGAAAAGACAAUGCACACACUGUAUAAGCACAUAAAUUACAAAAUAAUACAUUAUACAGUUUACAGGACAUUAUACAAAAAAAUAUUAAAGUACAAUAGACUUAUACAUAAGACACGUAUUGAUAUAGAUCUCAUGGUGAUAAAGAAAGAAAGAUUUUAAAAAAAAAUGGGGUUUACCAAGGUAAAACAUGGGGGAGUCAUGGCCUUUAAAUCUUAGGAUCAUGUAAUGAAAAAGAGCAAUUGCUUGCAAGGUCUAAUAGGUGAAACAGUGGCUGAGGAUGUUGGAGAAAUAAAUUAGUGCCUGUCACAAAACAAAUCAUAACGUUUCAAAAUCUAAUUUUGAAGUUAAUAUAAAGUUUUACAUGACGACAUUGACAGGUGGAAUAGGGAUAAAUAUUGAACCUCUUUUGAGUGAAAGUCAGCAGCCUAAUAUUGUGAGGUAGAGGGAGGGGAAGAUUUUGGUGAUACUUUGUUUAAGGAACACAAAAUUAUUCAUUAAGGUUUUGUUAUUUGUUAUUUAAAAAAAAAAAGGUUUAUUCAGUGUGCAUUAGACUUCAUUAAUAAAUACAUGUACUCUAUGAAAAACCAGUCAUCUUCUCAAUAGCAUUUCUUAUGUGGUUUUCACACUUGGGGCUGUUUAAGCCCAGAGUUUGUUAUGAUUGGUGAAGUGUGAAUGCUGUUUUAGUGGCUGGAAGAGAUUUAGAGACCCAACCUGCAUUCUUAAAAUUAAAGAUUCUUCAAUGGUUCUUUACAGCACCGUAGGUUCUGCAAAGAACAUUCUUGUUGUCCAGAACCAUUUUUCAUUGUAUAGGGCUCUUGAGUUGAGCUAUAUUGUCCGUUGGAGAUUAAAGAAGUUCUUGAUGUUUCAUUAUAGAUGAUUCAGAGCGGUGUACUGGUUCUUCAAGGUAAGGUAUCAUUCCUUAACAGAUUAAAGUGAACCCCAGGUUCUUGGUGGGACUGGAAAAGGUUCUCCUAACAUCACUGUUAAGAUCCUUACUUUGGUUCCUUAAAGCACUAACUAAGGGUUUUUUUUAAGAGAACUUGGUUCCUUGGAGCACUGCUGUGAAGAACCAUUGCUGGGUUCUUUAAAGCACCAGUAAAUAGAUAAAAGGUUAUUUGUGCAAUUUGAAAGGGUUCUCCUAUGGCAUCAGGCUAAAAAUCCAUUUUAGGUUCUAAUUGGAACCUUUAUUUUUAAAAGUGUGGUCCUCUUAAAAAUGGUUGUCUGGGGUUUGUUUCAACCAAACUAACAUAUUAUUUUUUUAAGUAAUGAAUAAGCAUAAUGCCUACCAUUUUUCAAACUUGAAUGCACAAGUAUUUGAGAUAAUUGUGAAAACGCCCUUUGUUUAACCAAGUUGUUUGCAAAACUACUACUACUGCUACUACUACUACUAACUUGUUCGCAAAAAACUAGCAACUUAAAUAACACGGUAGGCUCAAUAUCGUAGAUCUUGAUGGCAUAGCGAAGAAAUGUAUGCUAAACUGAUGCAGCUAAAAUUGGGUCAACUUUAAACUCUGUGUUUAGUUGAUGAAUGAAAUCAUAUUGUGCAAACACAAAAGGCCUAUUGUAAUCAGAUACUUGUGAAUUUUUAAUGAUUAGAGGUU